UACCACCACGCAGCAUCAGGAACAGAAAUGUCGCCAGAUCCUUCAAUAGACCCCGAAGAUGAUACUUAUGUAUCCGAGGCCGACUCCGACUUCGCUCCGGAUGAGGCUCAGGAUGCCGGCUCGGAGCAGUCGGAGAGCGAAGACGACUCCCUCGAACCGACAGCCACAAAACGGAGCGCGACAAGUCGCGGCGAUGCGCAAGGCGACGGCUGUGACAACUCUGGCGAUGAGGCGAUCAUUUCAAAAGGCCGCAAACGCCAAAAGCGAGCCAAGAACAAGGGCGAGAUCUUCGACGACGAAGCGGGCGGUGACGGAGGCUUGGUCAAGACCAGAAGGCAACGCGCCGAAGAGAAAGAAGAACGCAGAUACGCGGCGGCCCAAGGGCCCGUUACCAUUGACGUCGAUGCUGUAUGGCAACAAAUGAUGUCGGGCAAGACCGUUCAGUCUGCCACCACGACAGCUAGCCAACCAGACGACUCGAAAGCGGGGGUCAACGGGACUGCUGGUGAUGACCAAAUUGCCCAGCCCGAUGGAGAUUCAUCAGAUACGAUUCGAAUCAAGCGAACGUACAACUUCGCUGGACGCGUCCAUGCGGAAGAAAAAGUGGUCGCCCGCGACUCCGCCGAAGCAAAGCUCUACCUCGCCUCCCAAAGCCAAGAUGGCCCACCGCUCGACGUUUCGCCCACCAAGCGCGCGACGAAGAAGGCCUUCCGAUCAGCGUUCGAACCGAUUGUCGACGCCGGUCUCGGGCGCACCGAUCUGAAUCUCGGCGUUACGGCCCGACUCCAGGCCGCCAAGGAGGCGCAGGCGAAGAAGCUCAAUACCGUGGAGAAGAGUCGCAUGGACUGGGCAGGGUUCGUCGAUAAGGAGGGAAUUCAGGACGAGCUGGAGCUAGCCAGCAAGUCAAAGGGGUCGUACGGCGCGCGGGAGGCAUUCCUAGCGCGUAGCGAGGCGAGGAGAGAGGACGAGGCGCGGAGAGCGAGGAUGGCAACAAGGGCGUGAUGAGGCUGCAUUGUAGUUUAUGAGCGUUACGAAUGAUACCAUGGACAGCCGGAAUACGGCGAUUUUGUAAAUUCAGAUAUCAC